ACUAACCUAAAAAACAAGAUAAUAAAUAGCAAAAGUUUCUCUCAUUCAACAUAAAUAUAAAAGUAACAACUCACGACUGCCACUUUUACCAUUCACAAUCUGGUAAUUGAAAUCAUUUCUGUUAUUGUAAUAACAUGGACAGCCAAGUGUGUUGUGACGGGAGAUUAUUAGAAUUGAUCGACGAGGCUUGGAGAAAAGAACGUCUUCCAAUCGAUGAUAUUGUAGUGCCAUCAUCAGAAUUACCAGAUCCAGAAAGUGACAAUGGAGACUCGCACAUGACUCUCAAGGAAUUGGAACAGAAGUGGAAUAAUCUAGCCCUUGGAUCUCUCAGUGAAAACCACUUGCAUUCGCCAACUCCAUCUCACAAUUAACCAUCAUUUGUUAUUCU